UGCGUCACGUGGUUGAUCACGUGGUGCCGCGUCUCCGCCGCGUCGACGAGGCUAGCGCUAGCCGCUUAGCUCCUGCUGAAGCCCAGACUCCCCAGUCCGGACCAGAGCCCCGGUAAAGACCCGCAGGAGACCCCGUAGCAGCCCCUGGAGCCCCCGCAGGAGACCCCGUAGCCCCGGGGGCCCGGACUCUUUAAUAGUUUAGAUAUUAAUUAAUAUCAGCCGCUUUUCUGGCAUGAUUAACCGAAGCUUAGCCACCUAGCGGCUAGCGGCUAGCUCCUAGUCCUGGUUUAAAUCAGCUGACGGGUCUGCCCCCCCGGAUACCCGGAUACCCGGAUACCUGGAUACCCGGAUACCUGGAUACCCGGAUACCUGGAUACCCGGAUACCUGGAGAGGAUACCUCCUAACGGGGAUCACCACGGAACCGAGGACCAGCUGCAAAGAUGAUGUGUGAGGUGAUGCCCACCAUCAACGAGUCCGAGGGGCCCGGCGGGGGCCGGCGGGGGUCCGGGUCCCCCCUGCAGUCGGACUCGGAGGGACAUUUUGAGUCCCUGAUGGUUUCCAUGCUGGAGGAGAGAGACCGCCUGCUGGAGACGCUGAGGGAGACGCAGGAGAACCUGGGCCUGACGCAGGGCAAGCUGCACGAGGUCAGCCACGAGAGAGACUCCCUGCAGAGACAGCUCAACACGGCCCUGCCCCAGGAGUUUGCAGCGCUCACUAAGGAGGUGAACAUGUGCCGGGAGCAGCUCCUGGAGAAGGAGGAGGAGAUCGCCGAGCUGAAGGCGGAGAGGAACAACACCAGGCUCCUCCUGGAACACCUGGAGUGUCUGGUUUCCCGCCACGAGCGCAGUCUGAGGAUGACGGUGGUGAAGCGGCAGGCCCAGUCCCCGGCCGGCGUCUCCAGUGAGGUGGAGGUUCUGAAGGCCCUCAAGUCCCUGUUUGAGCACCACAAGGCCCUGGACGAGAAGGUGAGGGAGAGACUCCGCGUGGCUCUGGAGCGAUGCAGCGCUCUGGAGGAACAGCUCACCAUGUCCCACAAAGAGCUGGCGUUCCUCCGGGAGCAGAGCGGCCAGAAACGAGGCCUGGCCGACGGAACAUCCGAGGUCAACCACAACUCUGAGAUCGGCACCAACGGCAAGCGAGCCUCGGACGGGUCCCUGAGCCAGGAGGAUGAGUCCCGGCCCGGGCUGGGGCCCGGUUUGGGGAAGGAGCUGCAGGACGUGGUGGAGCGGCAGACGGCCGAUCUGGGCCAGAUGAAGGAGCGCACGGCGGCCAUGUUGACCCGGAUCAACGAGCUGGAGGACGACCUGGACACGGCCCGGAAGGACCUGAUCCGGUCCGAGGACCUGAACACACGUCUGCAGAGGGACCUGAGGGAGUCCAUGGCCCAGAAGGAGGACAUGGAGGAGCGGAUCACCACCCUGGAGAAACGAUACCUGGCCGCCCAGCGAGAGGCCACGUCGGUGCACGACCUCAACGACAAGCUGGAGAACGAGGUGGCCAACAAGGACUCGCUCUUCAGACAGACGGAGGACAGGAACCGGCAGCUGCAGGAGAAGCUGGAACUGGCCGAGCAGAAGCUGCAGCAAACGAUUCGCAAGGCCGAGACGCUGCCGGAGGUGGAGGCGGAGCUAGCACAGCGGGUGGCCGCGCUAACCAAGGCGGAGGAGCGUCAUGGCAACGUGGAGGAGCGCCUGCGGCAGCUGGAGGCCCAGCUGGAGGAGAAGAACCAGGAGCUGCUGAGGGCCCGGCAGAGAGAGAAGAUGAACGAGGAACACAACAGACGUCUGUCGGAGACGGUGGACAAACUGCUGUCAGAAUCCAACGAGCGCCUGCAGCUGCACCUGAAGGAGAGGAUGUCUGCGCUGGAGGACAAGAACGCCCUGAUCCGGGAGCUGGAUCACACCAAGAAGCUGAUCGAGGAGUCGCACCACGAGAAGGAGCAGCUGCUGAUCCAGAUCGAGACCAUGAGGACGGAGAACGAGCAGCAGCAGCAGCAGCAGGGCCGGAGCCGGAGCAACUCCUUCCUGCACGGACGCUCCCAGAUGGGCAGCACCCCCGACUUCAGGUUCCCCGUCUCGGCCUCCUCCCUGAUGGACAGCAGCUCCGACUACGGCAGCGCUCUGGUCCUCCGGAGGCCUCAGAAGGGCCGGCUGGCGGCGAUGCGGGACGAGCCCUCCAAGGUGCAGACGCUGAACGAGCAGGAGUGGGAGCGCAUGCAGCAGGCUAACGUGCUAGCCAACGCCAACGUGGCCCAGGCCUUCGAGAGCGACAUGGACGCGUCGGACCUGGAGGACGAGCGGGACGCCAUGUUCAGCUCGGUGGACUUGCUGUCGCCCGCCGGCCAGGCCGACGCCCAGACGCUGGCGCUGAUGCUGCAGGAGCAGCUGGACGCCAUCAACAACGAGAUCAGGAUGAUCCAGGAGGAGAAGGAGAGCACGUCCAUCCGGGCCGAGGAGAUCGAGGGCCGGGUCAGCGACGGCCUGGGCGGCCGGUUCCGCUCCAUGAGCUCCAUCCCGCCCUCGCUGUGUCCCGGGUCCCUGACCGGGGUCCCUGGCCGGUCCCUGGCCGGGUCGCCCCCGGACUCGGGCCGCUCCACCCCCAGACGGGUUCCCCGCAGCCCCAACAGAGAGCUGGACCGCAUGGGGGUCAUGACUCAGCCUAGUGACCUGCGGAAACACCGCAGGAAGUCCAACCAGGAGGACAAGACCACCAUCCGGUGUGAGACGUCCCCCCCCUCCACCCCCCGGUCCAUGAGGCUGAACAGAGACGGGGGACACGCAGCCAGUCAUGAGGACAUCCGGGACAUCCGCGGGCUGGGGGGGGACGGCGGCAGCAACCCCAGCAGCAGCAGCAGCAGCCAGGAUUCUCUCAACAAAGCAGCCAAGAAGAAAAGCAUCAAGUCGUCCAUCGGACGGCUGUUCGGGAAGAAGGAGAAGGGCCGGCCCGCCAACCCGGGGAGGGAACCCGGGGGCCCAGGUUCAGGUGAGACCUCUGGUACCGGUUCAGCAGGAACCCCGGAGGCUGACGGAUCCCCCAAGGACGGCCUGGGGGGGAUGGGCACCCUGGGGGGCCCGGCGGAGAAGAACCGCAAGCUGCAGAAGAAUCCCAAGACCGGGCAUGAGCUGCUGGAGGAGGCCCGGCGGCACGGCCUGCCCUUCGCCCAGUGGGACGGGCCCACCGUGGUGUCCUGGUUGGAGCUGUGGGUGGGCAUGCCGGCCUGGUACGUGGCCGCCUGCCGGGCCAACGUGAAGAGCGGCGCCAUCAUGUCGGCUCUGUCGGACACGGAGAUCCAGAGAGAGAUCGGCAUCAGCAACCCGCUGCACCGGCUCAAGCUGAGGCUCGCCAUCCAGGAAAUCAUGUCCCUGACCAGCCCGUCGGCCCCGCCCACCUCCAGAACGAGCACGGGGAACGUUUGGGUCACGCAUGAGGAGAUGGAGCAUUUGGCAGCCACGCCCCCCACGGACGACGACGAGGGCAGCUGGGCCCAGACUCUGGCCUACGGGGACAUGAACCACGAGUGGAUCGGGAACGAGUGGCUGCCGGGCCUGGGCCUGCCCCAGUACCGGUCCUACUUCAUGGAGUCUCUGGUGGACGCCCGGAUGCUGGACCACCUGACCAAGAAGGACCUGCGGGGCCAGCUCAAGAUGGUGGACAGCUUCCACAGGAACAGCUUCCAGUGCGGGGUCAUGUGUCUGCGGAGACUGAACUACGACAGGAAGGAGCUGGAGAGACGGAGGGAGGAGUCCACGCUGGACCAGCAAGAUGUUCUGGUGUGGAGUAAUGAGCGGGUCGUCUCCUGGGUCCAGAGCAUCGGCCUGAAGGAAUACAGCGCUAACCUGUACGAGCACGGCGUCCACGGGGCGCUGAUCGCCCUGGACGAAACCUUCGACCACAACGCCAUGGCGCUGCUGCUGCAGAUCCCCACGCAGAACACCCAGGCCCGGGCGGCGCUGGAGCGGGAGUACAACGGUCUGCUGGGCGGAGCCACGGACCGCAGGAUGGAGGAGGAGGACGAUAAGAACUUCCGCCGGGCCCCGUCCUGGAGGAAGAAGUUCCGGCCCAAGGACGUGAGGGGCGGGGCCGGGGGCGGGGCCAUGGGAGUGGGCGGGGCCAUGGGAGUGGGCGGGGCCAUGGGCGGGGCCGACACCCUCCCCCACAACUUCAGGGUGACGAGCAGCGGCGGGGGGGCGUCUCCGUCCUCACAGCCCAAGAGGAGCCUGGACGGUAACCGCUGGUCCGAGGACGAUGGAGAAUUCCCCGCCUUCAAGACCCGGAUGACCAACUGAAGACCUGGACCCCCCAGGAACCCCCUCCCACCCCAGAACCCCCAGGAACCAGACCUGGACCCCCAGGAACCCCCCCCCCCCACCCCAGAACCCCCAGGAACCAGACCUGGACCCCCCAGGAACCCCCCCCCCCCACCCCAGAACCCCCAGGAACCAGACCUGGACCCCCAUCAAGACCCGACCCCCCAGGACUCGUCUCCGUCGACGGUUUUAGAUGUUUUUUCUGUGUUUUCUAAGAAGAUCCAUUGAUUCUCCGCUAAGUUUGACGGAAGUGAAGUUUGUAUAUUUCUACCAGCAGAUACUUUAUCUAAUCUUUUUAUAUCUAUAAUCCUGAUUUUAUGAGCAGAUGUAAGUUUUGUUUUCUCCUCUGAUUCUGGAACUCUAAUCUCUAAGUGACUUUGAUACGCGUUAAAGACUUAAAUCACUCCCCGCUGCGGCUUUUUAACCCUUUUUGUAGCCAAUGAGCUUUUUUAACUCUUUAUUUUAUGAUUUUAUUACGGCCGUGGCCUCCUCUUAUACCAAAAUAAACCGAUUAUAAGCCAUAUAUCGUAGCAGGAAGGAGUCGCGGGGCCGUUUGCAGGCCCCGCCCCCAGCCGUGGCCCCGCCCCCAGCCGUGGCCCCGCCCCCUCUCACCUGGAGAGCCGCUCGGACGCCGGUCCGAACACGGCGCCUCCUUGGACGGACCAAGUUCAGCGAGGCUUCGGCCGCCGCGACCUCUGCGUGACCUCACCGUGACCUCACUGUGACCCCGGGGGCUCCUGACCCCGGAGGCUCCGCCCCCCUGACCCCGGAGGCUCCGCCCCCUCACCUUUUUAAACAUUUCAUCCGGAGCCUCGACUUUCUCCUCAUCUCUUAUUUAUUAUCUAUCACGCUCCACGUCUCGUCGCUUCCUGUUCUUCUGAGGCCACGCCCCCUCCCCUGGCCACGCCCCCACGUCUGAACUCAGCACGGUUCCACCGGGUCGCCGCGGCGACAGCUCCGGCCGGUCGUCGCGGCGACCGCUCUGGCCGGUCGUCGCGGCGACGGAGCGUCUCCCGUAGCGUAGCUAGCGUUUGUGGUUUAAUCUCUGUCGUCGCCGUGUAACUGAUGUACAGACGAGUUACUUAUAAACUAUUUUUAUCACAGUAUUAUUUAUUGCUUACUUUCAAUAAAAUACUGAAACUUAUUUUCACUGCA